CUUUUGACAUGCUACUACGUCUACGGAAUACUGAUAUUAUUUACUAUAGGCCAAGCACUGAUAAAUUGGCAGCAAUGCAUAGGAGUAAUUAUUUACAACACUUCUCUUGUGUGAAGGUAAAUACCCCACACUCCAGGGUUAAUAAAUUCAUUGUGAGGUUAAUAUAUAGCAAUUUGAAAAAAGGAUACGCAUCCCUUCGAAUUUUUGUAUUGUUGGGAGUGCUGUGUAGUGAGUGUACACGUAUUGUGCAAGUUUACGAUGUGUUUAGUAAAAACUGCCGCAGGCGCCUCUAAGGGGGCCAAGGCAGUGCCCAGUGAUCAAGCGAAUGCGAAGUUGCAAUCGGGAAAGGAUGAAGCGAAUGAGCCCACAUGGGGACGUAACAAGCACGUCAAGCCUUUGACCUGGGUCAUAGUCGCGUUUCUGCUAUUCUUUGCUCCAGUCAUUGUGGAGUAUGUCGUAGUGUGUAUGACACAGUACGAUGGAGCACUGAGUGGACCGAUCAACGAUCUGUUUUUAGCUGAGGAAACCAUUACGUUUUCCGAGUUUUUGAUCGAGAAGGUGUACAAGCCUAUUGCUGAACCCGAGGGGUUUUUCUUACAAACGGCAAAGAUUUACGUCACGUGGUUGCUCUUCCAGGCGUUGCUUGCGGUCACUGUCCCUGGACCCAUCGGAUAUGGACAAUCCACACCAGCUGGGCAUAAGCUCGAGUAUCUGGUGAACGGGCUUAACUGCUGGGUGGUAACGCAUAUUUUCUUUGUGGUUGGUGCAUGGGGCUUCGGAUGGUGGAAACCAACGAUCAUUUAUGACCACUGGGCUCAGCUUUCUAUCUGCAUGCACUUGUACGGCUUUGCGCUGUCACUGUUCUGCUACAUCAAGGCGUUUGUCGCACCCACCCACGCCGGCGAUGUCAAAACAUCGGACUCUAUGGUGUUCAACUUCUUUAUGGGUGUUGAAUUCAACCCCAGAAUCGGCUCACUAGACUUUAAGCUGUUCCACAACGGACGCAUUGGAAUCAUUCUCUGGACACUCGUGAACAUCUCCUGUGCCGCAGCCCAGUACGAACGCCACGGCGACAUAACCAACUCCAUGAUCAUGGUCAACAUUGGUCAUGCCGUGUAUGUGCUCGACUUCUUCUUCAACGAGGAUUGGUACCUGCGCACCAUUGACAUAUGCCACGACCACUUUGGGUUCUACCUGGCCUGGGGAGAUGCCGUGUGGCUACCCAUUAUGUAUGCGCUACAGAGCCCCUUCAUGGUGACGCACCCGCACGAAUUGAACACCAACGAGGUGGUGGUUAUUUCGGCUUUCUUCUGUCUCGGAUACUACAUCUUCAGAGAUGUGAACCAUCAGAAGGAUAUCUUCCGAUCAUCCAAUGGCAAAGCGCUCAUCUGGGGCAAGAAAGCCACCUACAUAGAUGCCACAUAUGUGACAGCCGAUGGAAGCACACGCAACAGUAGCCUGCUACUAACCAGUGGGUGGUGGGGCGUGGCGCGACACUCCAACUACCUAGCUGAUCUGCUGAUGUCGCUGUGUUUCUGUCUGGUGACGGGCUACACUCACGCCCUGCCGUACUUCUACAUCUGCCAGAUGAUCUGCCUGCUAGUAGGCCGAAUUUACAGGGAUGAGGGCCGGUGUAAGGGCAAGUAUGGCAAGUUCUGGGAUGAAUACUGUGCCCAGGUGCCUUACAGACUGAUCCCUGGAAUUUGGUAGUAAAGUCCGCUUGACGCGUGACCGAGACACUCAUGUAUAAACCUAAGUUUGACGCGGACUAGGAAAAGCUCAGUCGCAUAAUAGAAAUAGAAAUAGUCUAAUUAAUUAAAACGUUUUCAAAGUGCA